CAUGCGCAGUGGUGAGCCCAAGCGGCCGCGGUGAUGGCUGCGCAGUGACGGUUGGAUCUAACGGUUGCUAUUGACAUUGGGCUGGGCGUGCGGUGGAUGGUUCUUGCGCGGAGAGUGGCCAGGGGCAGCGACGCCGUUGAGUCCGCGGAAGAGGCCCUGGGAGCCCCGUGGUAAUGCGGCCGUACUGAAACUCCCGGCGGAGGUGCCUCCUCCCCCCGCCCCUACCAGAGCCGGGCCCGGGCCGUCGCCCUGCGCUGGGCUCGCGGAUCGGGCCUCUGCCCCCUCCCUCCCAUGCGGGGCCUGCCCUCAGCCUGAGACGCCCCAGGAGGGCAAGGGAGCAAGGCCGGCAUGGCCGGCCGCCUGGAGUAGUUGCCUGGGCCGCCGCCGCCGCCGCCGCUCGGAGAGAAGAGGAGCUGCGGCGGGGGGUGGGCAGGCAGGCAAGGGGGGAAGAGCAGGCCCCGGCCCCGGCCCUGGCUGUGGCGGGGCCUCGAUGCGGGGCUAGGAGCGAAGCCGCCCCUCGGCCUGCCCUGCCCAGGCGCGGUGCCGUGCUUUCUUCUCAGCCCGAAGCCGUUGGCCUCAGUGUCUGCGAUGAACCCGGUGAAUGCCACAGCCUUGUACAUCUCCGCCAGUCGCCUGGUACUGAGCUACGGCCCCGGGGAGGAUCCGCAGUGCCUGGCCGAGAUCGGCAAGCUGCUGCCCUACUUCCGGCAGUCGCUCUCCUGCUGUGUGUGCGGAAACCUUCUGCAAGAUCCAAUAGCACCCACAAACUCCACAUGUCAGCAUUAUGUCUGCAAAAGCUGUAAAGGCAAGAAGAUGAUGAUGAAACCAUCAUGUAGUUGGUGUAAGGACUAUGAGCAGUUUGAAGAAAAUAAACAAUUAAGCAUUCUGGUGAACUGCUAUAAAAAACUAUGUGAGUACAUAACGCAAACACCACUGGCACGAGAUAUUAAGCAAGCUGUUGACACUUCUCCAGAUCUUUUGACUCUGCUUAAAGAUGGCUCUCCACUCCAUGAAGAUACAGAAAAAACAUCUGAUGAAACCUUGGCAUUGUGUUUGACACAUUCCCCAUCACCUUCAACCUCAGAGCAUGCUAAUGAGCCACCAGCAAGUAAUUCUUCUGUACCUGAAAGCACAUAUGACUCUGAUGUGAAAGGCUCUGCUGUUAAUGGAUUGCCCAAUUGUAAUGGUCUGUCGGUAGAUAAACUUAGAGUAAAUGUUCCUUCCCCUGAACAUACAAAUGCAGUUAACGUAUGUAGUCCUGGACAGUACAUAAAAACUGAAGAUAUUUCUAGCACUCUUCAGCCUAUCUGUGAUAUAGUUUCUCCUAGUGACUUGUGUGCAACAAGCAUUGAUCUCCACAGUUUCAGUGAAGACAUCAAACCUGGUGAUUCUCUUUUACUUAGUGUUGAGGAAGUGCUACGGAGCUUGGACUCUAACACAGAAGUCUGCAGUUCUAAUCUGCAACACGGUUUGGAAACCAAUCUAUCCAAUGGCCCUUUUUUGCAGCUUUCUACCCCACCUCCUAGCCAUAACAUGUUCAUGUCAAUGGGUGCUUCACCUCAUGGGAUUUCAUGUACAGCUGCAACACCUAAGGUAGUAAAAUUAAACAGAAAGCGAUCACGAUCAGAAAGUGAUAGUGAGAAAGUUCAGCCCCUUCCAAUUUCCAGGAUCCUUUGUGGUCCAACUUUGGGAGCCUCAGCUCCUGUAACGGUAAAACAGGAAGCAAAGAUGUCCUUGCAGCCUAUAGCAACUGUACCCAAUGGAGGCACUACUCCUAAAAUAAGCAAAACUGUGUUGUUAUCAAAUAAAAGCAUGAAAAAGAAUCUAGACCAUACCGCCAAGAAAUCUCAUCCUAAAUCCAAAUCAGGAAUGCUAAAAACAAAAUCAAAAGAAAAAAAUCCUAGCAGUCACGUGGUGCCAGGAAGUCCUACAAAAACUGUGUACAAAAAGGCACAAGAGAAGAAGGGGUGCAAAUGUGGCCGAGCCACCCAAAAUCCAAGUGUUCUUACAUGUCGUGGCCAACGCUGCCCUUGCUACUCAAACCGUAAAGCCUGCUUAGACUGCAUAUGUCGUGGCUGCCAAAAUUCAUAUAUGGCUAAUGGGGAGAAAAAACUGGAGGCAUUUGCAGUGCCAGAAAAGGCCUUGGAGCAGACUAGGCUUACUUUGGGCAUUAAUGUGACAAGCAUUGCUGUGCGCAAUGCCAGCACAAGUACCAGUGUAAUUAAUGUGACAGGGUCACCAGUAACGACAUUUUUAGCUGCCAGUACAAACGAUGAUAAGAACUUGGAUGAAACUAUAGACGUGAGAUAUGACUGCUGAGUCAUUCUUUUUUCUUUUCUUUUCUGUCUUUUUCCCCUGCCUUUGUUAAGGGGACUGCUACAAUUUUGAAGGCAGCUAUGGUUCUGUUCAACUUACCGGAGCUCCUGCAUAUAGAUCACUUGUAUCAAGUGUUUUUCAUUGCUAUGUUGUGUGUUAGUGUCUGGGAAAUAGUUUUGACAGUAAUUGCAGAGUUACCCUGAAACUGUCUUUAGUUCUUACAGCACCUCAUAGUUUCAGAUCAAAUGCUAAUGUAAAUGAUUUUUAAUACAGAAUUACUUUUUGGCAAAUAUUGACCUUGUUGUGCCAGUUCAUGCUUUGUGCUUAAUCAGAGAUUGGUUAAAUAUACAGAAAUGGUUUCUAGUCAGUCCAUCAGAAUUGUUCUAAUUUAUGGUGUACCCAUGGUUAGUGUCAAUCUUGAAAGAAAAUUAGCACCAUGCUCAUAGUAGAAAUCUAGUAAAAAUAUAAACAGCUGGCCUCAUAAUACCACGUUAUUUGUGGAUUGGGAAAUUAGUAAUUUAGCACCUUAAACUUGUUCAAAAGUGAAAAUAACUGUAAUUGUCCAACACAUAUGUGCUGUUCUGAAGCAAAGAAAUGAUCAAACUGGGCCAUACCUUCAGUUGGUGUCACUCAAAAUUCUUAAAUAUUUGUACUACUUCUUUUAAGAAAUAUUUUGAAAAUUCCAGUUAGAGUUCCUUUGACAUGAAGCAGCCUUCUAAGAUUUUUAUUAUUUUCACACCUUUUUAAAUGUUCACAGAUUGAUGUCAUUAGUCUACUUCAUGAUGUAUCAUACCGUUAAUAUUUUUUCAGGAUAUUGUCGCUGACCUCCUUAUGAAAUAGAAACUAUAUUUUGAAAUGUGUUAUCCUAGUUAGCUACAAAAUAAAACCAGUUUAAUUCUCAUGCCAAAGUUAAUGGGACAUCAGUGUAUCCUUACAUUAGAUUUUAGUUGUCACAGGAAUGUAAACUACCCUUCUGCCCUGCCCUGACAUGCUGCUGAUGUUCAGGACAUGUGACACUGUCAGACUUUCAGCUGAGAUGCUCUCAUGGUGCUCCUUUAAGAUCUGGUGCUUGUUUUUCCCCCAGUCCCACCUAUGCAUUGCUUUGCUUUGCUCUUAUCUGGGGCAGGGCACCUUUGGAUGCACAAAGGUGAGGCACAGCGGGCCUUGGUUGAAAGCAAGAUUAAUGCUACAGUGCAGCCAUACCUGGAACAGCAGUGGUGUGCCAAGGAUGACAUAGGCAUGGAUACUGCUGUUAUACUCCAAUCCUACAAGAGCAGUUGCAUAUCCCACGCUGUGCAGGAGAUUUAAUCAUUAUAGGUAAUUAUGCUAUGAGAAAAGAUAAACUGUAAAAUGGAAGAUAUACCAGUUUGCAUCAAGCCUGCAUUUGUAGGAAUGUGUUAAAAGAUUUUAAGUUCCUCACCUUGCAUAAACUAUGGGCUGACUAGAACAGAGAAGCCUGAGUUGUGGUCACUUAGCCCCUCCCCUGAUGGAAUGGUUUUCAUCAAGCUGAACAGGGAGACAACAAGAGUCCUCUUCUCUGCAGAUUUGUGCCCUGCCCCCAGCAAUCUAUUCUGGAGGGUAGGGGAACCUUCUGGGAAGCAUUUUUUGGGGGAAUUGCAGCAGGAGAAGGAGAAGUGGAAGUGGACUUAUCAUGCAGUGUUAGAUUUCACUCUAUGUCCCAUAUUAAAGGACAAUGUCCUGAAGUAGAGCAAUAUUUAAAAAUAGCCAGCCUAAAGAAAAUUAAUGCCACAGUUUCAAAAACCCUGUUAUACUUGCCAUCUAAUUGUUUGUUGAGUAACAUUGCCAGUGAAUUAUAUCAUCAGACAUUUUGGAUUUGGCACAAAGCAUGUACAAUGAUGGUUACGAGGUCUGAAAAGUAAAAGGUUUUGGACACCAAUUGAAUGAUGCCUCGUUUUUGUUCUGUAGUGUACCAUGGUGUCUUUUUAUGUGAAUGUGGUCAAAUAGCAUUUUUGUUGGCUUUCCAGUUUGUUUUUCCCCUGUCUUUUCUGUGGGUAGGGCAGGGUGGGGGGUGGGGGUUAAAGCCAUAGGAAGAAGAAUGUGAUGUAAGUGUUCGGUAUGUACUUUUUUGUUUCUGUUUUGCAAGAAGAGUUGAAAAAUAUUUUUGAUAAUGAGAGUAAAUGGUGGAAAAUGCUCUUUAGUAUUCUUGUCUUUUUUUUGGUCAGCCCAAACUCCUGAAUUCUGUGUUUAAUUUUGAGGUUUAUUAUGGUCUAUUAAAACAUAAUUAGUUAAA